ACAAAGUCAUGUUUCUGCUGCUCGUUUACUUUGUGCUCAACUCACUCAAUCAGGUGGAGACCACACCCAAUCGCCAGUUCAGCACAUUACGCACUGAGUUUAAAAAGGUCUUCACCGAUUUCGAUGACAAGAUCAUUUCAAAUCUGACGGGUUGGCUCAGUGAAGAUGCAUCUCUCAAUCUGGAUAUGCAUGUCAAACAGUUGAUCUCAUCGAGUCGCACCAUUGUAACGGUCAAGUACAGAGUUGAGGACUCUAUGAACUAUCUAACACUGUUGAAUUAUGACAUCGACACCUGCAAAACUCUUAAGGAAAUGAUGGCAACGGGUCUGGUCAAAGUCUGGUUUCGCAACAUUCGCAAAUACGGAAAUAUGAGUCCCAGUUGCCCAAUAAAACCUAGCUACUAUAAUCUACGCAAUUUACGGUUGGAAAGCCAGAGCAUUCCUGUUUUUCUUCGACCUGGUGACUAUCGCAUUAGAGUCUUCAACUACAAUGGCAAGGCCAAUGCCAAAGCUAAAUUGCGACAUCUGGUGACUUGUGUUACAGUCGAAAUGAAAUUUUAUUAAA